AUUAUCAGCAAUGGCCAUGUUGUUGGGGAGUGAUAAGGCUACAUGUUCACCUCAGAAGCAGCCGAAGUAGAGAAGACAAUUCAAGAAAACUACAGUUGUUUAAUGAUGUUUAAUUUUUUAUUUAAAUAAUACCUCUUUAGGUGUUGCUGCAGGCAGAGGAAUGCAUCAAUUCACUACCUCUACAACACCAGCAGUAGCAGCUGAACUAGGGUCUUCCAGGUCUAGUGGGGCAAUCCUUUCUCUGCCUUCUGGCCUUACCUAUCCUAUCCAAAUACCUCCUGGUGUGACUCUUCAGACAGCUUCUGGGCACUUGUAUAAAGUCAAUAUGCCUGUGGUUGUCACCCAGGCUCCGGGUGGAGGAACUGCCAUCCAGACUCCCGUUCAACAAAUAUUCCAGCAGGUGGGGCGGCAGUCCUUGAUGCUGCAGCAGGCCCCAGCCAGCGCCAUACAGGCUAGCACAUCUCCUCUUCAAGAACCCGGUGGUGGUAGCUUGCUGGCCUCAAAGCCUGCUGUAUCCCACCACCUAAGGAUGGCGGGGAAAGACUUGCCGGGGUCUGCUGCUGCCAAGCCAGAAGCCAUCAGGAGUCAGGAGGAAGCUGCCGUGGGGGCCCUGGUAAGCCUGCAGCCCUCAAGUUCUUUAGAGACUCCCCAGACAGUGGAUACAACUGUCCCUGUAGCAAAGUCAUCUGGAGUAGACAACGCGAGGUCCAGAGAAGCAAGAGAAGGCAUUUCUUCUGGUGGGGGAGAGUUGUCGGUGAAUCUGGAGCAGCCCUUGGAUCCUGAUGAUAUAAUUGAGCUGAUAAUUAUGGGCAAUGACUUGGAUGACAGUGCCCUUCUCUCUGAUGAAACCAGCCUCUCUUUUGUUGAAGAGCUAGAUACCAGUGUGCAGAUGGAAUCAGAUCUCAUGGCCCAGAAAGACAUUUCCAAUGAUCUUGAAGAAAUCAUUCAACUAGAUGGGACAAGUGACCUCUCUCCCAAAGCAGAAAUAGAAAGCCCAAGAGAUGGAGAAGAUGAGGAGCUUGUUGGUAUAAUUGAUGCUGAAGAUUUAAAAGUCCUGGAUGAGGAAGAAGAGGAGGAAGGUGAAAAUAGCACUUCAGACAAUCAGUCUCUCAACAGCACUAGUGAUGCUGAUGAACCCUCAGUUGAUGUUAUUGAGGAGGACCCUUUAAAUUCUGGUGACGAUGUUAGUGAACAGGAAACACCUGAUGUUUUUGACACCGAUAAUAUAAUUGUAUGCCAAUAUGACAAGGUUCAGCGAAGUAAGAACAGAUGGAAAUUCUACUUGAAAGAUGGUGUCAUGUGCUUUGGGGGAAAGGACUACAUUUUCUCCAAAGCGAUUGGAGAUGCAGAGUGGUGAAACUUACAGAAAUAUCUGCAGUAUUUUUUAAAACUAUUUUGUAAAAUUCAGUAAGAAAAUACUGAAAUUUUGUGUUCUGAAA